CAUGCAGGUCUUCUUCUCCUCAUACAUACAUGCUCUGCCCCCUACUGCGCGCCUGCUGACCUACCCCCUCACGAGGAGUGGUGGCUGCUGUUGAAGAGAAACAACACUUCUGAACCCCAGCAGCUGGUAGUGUUAAACGCCUUUUCUGAGUGUUUUAACAACCACGAAAAAAAGUCUUGAGGAUGGAUCCGCUGGUUGCUGCGAUAGACCAGGGCACGAGCUCCACACGGUUUCUGGUGUUCAACGCCAAAACCGCAGAGCUGAUGAGUCAACACCAAGUAGAGAUCAAGCAGAGUUUCCCCAAGGAGGGCUGGGUGGAGGAGGACCCCAAAGAGAUCAUGAGGUCGGUCUAUGAGUGCAUGGAGAGGACAUGUGAGAAACUCAGCCUGCUCAACAUCGACAUCUGCAACAUCAAAGCCGUGGGGGUGACCAAUCAGAGAGAGACGACCCUGGUCUGGGACAAAGAGACUGGAGAGCCUCUCUACAACGCCAUUGUUUGGCUGGACCUGCGCACACAGUCUACUGUGGAGAGUCUCAUCAACAAAUCCCCAGGCAAAAACAAGAACCACCUCAAGGUGAGUCACAAGACGGGCCUUCCCAUCAGCACCUACUUCAGUGCAGUGAAGCUCCGCUGGCUGCUCGACAACGUGGAGAAAGUGCAGCAAGCCGUGCGGAGUCAGCGCGCAAUGUUUGGAACGGUGGAUUCCUGGAUCAUCUGGUGCCUGACGGGGGGCAACAGCGGAGGGGUCCACUGCACAGACGUCUCAAACGCCAGCCGCACCAUGCUCUUCAACAUCCACAGCAUGGACUGGGAUCCUGAGCUCUGCAGGUACUUUGAUGUCCCGAUGGAAAUCCUCCCCACUGUCAGAAGCUCCUCUGAAAUCUAUGGCUGGAUGAAAUCCGGCUCUCUUGCAGGAGUUCCAAUCUCUGGGUGUCUUGGCGACCAGUCGGCUGCCCUGGUUGGUCAGAUGUGUUUCAACGAAGGCCAGGCAAAAAACACGUAUGGGACCGGCUGCUUCAUGCUCAGAACUACAGGGACCAAGCCUCUGACGUCGCACCACGGCCUGCUGACCACAGUUGCCUACAAACUGGGAAAAGAUGAGCCUGCCUGCUAUGCACUCGAGGGUUCUGUAGCCAUUGCCGGGGCCGUGGUGCGAUGGCUGAAGGACAACCUGGGCAUUGUACAGUCCUCCUCAGAGAUCGAGAAGCUAGCAGCUGCAGCCGGCACAUCUUACGGCUGUUACUUUGUGCCGGCCUUCUCUGGACUCUACGCCCCCUACUGGGAGCCCAGUGCACGAGGAAUCAUCUGUGGGCUCACUCAGUUCACCAACAGGAACCACUUGGCUUUUGCUGCCCUUGAGGCCGUCUGCUUUCAGACCAAAGAGAUCCUGGAUGCGAUGAACCAGGACAGCGGCGUCCCUCUGACCCAGCUGCAGGUGGACGGAGGCAUGACGUCCAACAGACUCCUGAUGCAGCUGCAGGCCGACAUCCUCUGCAUUCCCGUAGUGCGACCCACCAUGUCGGAGACCACAGCUCUGGGUGUAGCCAUGGCAGCGGGGGCAGCAGAGGGGGUGGGGGUGUGGAACCUAAGCCCCAGUCAUCUGCCAAACGUCACUACUGAGAAAUAUGAACCUCAGAUCAACCCUGACGAGAGCGAGUUCCGCUUCUCUCGCUGGAAGAAAGCCGUCCAGAGAUCCAUGAACUGGGAGACCAACGAGCCCUGCUGCAAUACCAACGGUGUAGGCAAGAAGAUGAACGGCACUCCCUGGGGGGUGCCUCCCCCUCCCCCCCACAUCAGAGCAGACCCCUAAGAUCCCCAGCUGUAAGUGUGGAACGGAGCCGUGAGGCCACUGGAAGAGGAAAUGUGCUCCCAGGGAAUAAUGGACUUGAAGGCUACUUGAUGCAGUCAUUUGGGCUGAUGUAGCUAGCAGUAGGACCGCACAACUGACUACAGAAUCAAGAGCCACACAACCUGGGGAGAUUUUGUAGCAACUACGGAACCGUUUUUGGAUUUCUGGAAUUUUUGUCUUUCUUUUCUGAAAAGAAAGUGUUCUUUAAGUGUCCUUUUUAUGAACUAUGAAUUAGCCUUAUUCGACUUGUUAGGCAUAGGAAACUCAGGUGUUCGUAGCAAACAGGCACACUACUGUACCUCAUCACUGUGACUAAAGAGAUACUGUGUUUUUAAUUGUUGUGUAUCUUAAUGUCUUCGUGCCUCUUUAACUUUGGGAUGCACAAGAUUAGCGGGAUUAAUUCUUGAAAAAGUUUACUGCUCAGCAUCUGUCCUGCUGGUGGGGUUCGUGUUUUGAACUAAAAAGUGACCUAUCUCCUGAGUUAAAGGUAUCAGGAACUAUUCCUUGAUGAUUUUUCUAGAUUGAGGGGAAACUUGCUCAAAUGUUAGCACACACAUUUGCAUUAAGAACUGACGUCUAGCUGCAGGCAAUCUCACAACAGCACUUUAUAAUUUAUCCUGUGUAUAAUGACGAUUGUGAGCCAGGCAGGAUUUUUAACACAGGGUUUUUAAGCAGAUUGUUUAGGAGGGAUUUUUAGUUUAAGGAAUGGACUUUAAGUUGAUCAUUUGCAUCUGAGACUGAAGGAAGCCCCUUUACAAUCUAUUAAAACAUCAUGGUACUACAAUUGCUUCCUUGUAUUUUAAUCUUUAAUCAGUUAUUAAUAAACAGACAUCCUGAAUGAUGACACCUCAA